UGCAGGCUUGGCUAAGUCUUAUUAAAAUUUUUAAUUUUUAAUUUUACUUUUACUUUCAUUUUGUGUAAGGUCAUUCUACUUCCUUGUGAAAAAACCCAACCGUGUGCAGUAAUACUCUCGCUCACUCUAGCCUCUAGUCUCUACUUGCGAGCCCAAGCAGCAGCAGUAGCACUACAACACGAGGACAUAGCAGUCACUCGAACAAUUUUUCAGUGAACAAUAGUUCUGAUAAUUGUUCACAAAAUGUUCAAGUUUCGACUUUUGGUAGUCGUAUUAAGUGCAGCUGUUGCUUCAAUAAGCGUCGAAGCUAAGCCAGCCUGUCACUGCCCUGUUUCACACGACUUGAGGCCCUUGUGUGCAAGUAAUGGAGAAUCUUACUCUAAUGAUGAUGCGUUUGAGUGUGCUAAAAAAUGUCAUCGUAUAAGUCAUGAUGUUGUAAAAGUUCACGAUUGGUAUUGCCCGGCAAAUGGGCAAACGCAUUUCACGACUCAUAGCCCAAAAAACCUCGGACCUCAGCCAAUCCCUGAUUCAAGGAACUGCGAAUGUUUUCAUUAUCACAUCUACGAUCCUUUGUGUGCAAGUGAUGGCAAAUCUUACGCAAAUGAUGGGGAGCUUGAGUGUGACAAAAAAUGUCAUGGCACAAGUCAUGAUGUUGUAAAAGUUCACGAUGGAAAAUGCCUAGAAAAUGAGAAAAAAGGGUCGGCAUUAGGAGAAACGCAGUCGACGGACUGUUUCUGUCCAGUCACAGCAAAUUACGCGCCUUUUUGUGCAAGUAAUGGAGAAUCUUACGUUAAUGCAGGGUCGCUGGAGUGCGACAAAAAAUGUCAUCGUACAAGUCAUGAUGUUGUAAAAGUUCACGAUGGAAAUUGCAAGGCUUUUGAACCUGAGAUAUACCCUAGUUACGAGAAGUGUCAGUGCGAUCACGUAUACGUCAACGAUCCUCUGUGUGCAAGUGAUGGGAAAACUUACGAUAAUGAAGGGGAGCUGCAGUGUCACAAAAAGUGUUACGAUAAGAGGAACGAUAUUUUUAUAGUUCAUCGCGGACGUUGUAAUGUAAAUCUUGAUCCAGUGUACCCAGUGGAACCAGUUUACCCAGUUGAACCUUACCCAGUUGAACCUUACCCAGUUCAACCUUACCCAGUUCAACCUUACCCAAUUCAACCAGACAAGUGCCAGUGCUCUCAUGUAUUUGUCAGCGACCCUGUGUGUGGAAGCAAUGGAGAAACCUACGAAAAUUCGUUGGAAUUGGAGUGUGAUAAAAAAUGUCACAACAAGAAUGAUCUUGUAGUAGCUUAUCGUGGACGUUGCAAUAUGAGUAGCCCACCAGUAUAUCUACAUAAAUAA